AUCGCACAUUUCGAUCUGUGAGUUUAAUAAUAAAAAUAGUAUUCUGCCCUGCCAACACGGCCAACUCAGCUUCUUGCGUUCCUUCUCGGCCAAGCACCGCCUUCCCAUGUCGUCUGUCCACUCCCCUGGUCCUUCAAACAACCCCAUGUUCACCCAGUCUGCCUCAAAUACCCCCUCUGCACGGCAAAAAAACAAGGCUUACACUGCUGGUAUUGCCGCCGGCGUGGAAGACGAAAAAUAUCAGGCAAAGUACAAGGAGCUGAAGCGAAAAGUAAAGGAAAUCGAGUUGGACAAUGACAAGCUCCGCUUCAAGGUGCUCACGGCCAAGAAGUCCAUACAGCGGAUGAAAUUGGAGCGUGCUGUCCUGUACGAGCGUCUGUCCACCGUGCCUCCUUCCCCAGACCUUCACGGUCACCAUGCCCUUCCUCCCAUGCACCCCGGGCCAGGUGUUCCUCCUCAGCCAUCCCAACCCAUAUCUGCUUCGAUGCAGCAUCGCGAUCACUCGCGUGGCAUAGACGUCAAUGACCAUAACACGCCGGACUACAUUCACACUUCUGGAAACGUUCGCGUCAUCUCUGGCCCAGACAGUCGUCUAGUUCAGGUCUCGGAUAGUCCCAUUGGUCCCGGCGUCCCUCCUUCCAUGCCUGCGGUGCACAUGUCUCGUCGCAGCUCUUCUUCUGGACAGGACUCCCGUCAACUUCCACCUCUCUCCCAGCUCACCCCUGUCCAAUCUCAUCUCGAGCAUCAGCGGCCGCCGGCACACUCUCAGGCUCAGAGUCCACACCUCCUUCCCCACAACGUUAACUCGGACGCACGCUCACGAUCACAUUCGUCAUCUUCCCGACUACGGGGACCACUUCCAUCCCCACAUGGUUAUCAUACCGGGGGCAUAUCGCAUCCCCAGCAGUACCCCUUCGAAUCCGUGCCCCCCGGACAACAGGGACAACACAGCCCUCCGAUGGGCCACGAGCGGGACAGGCCAAGACAACACGAUAGUCAUGAACGUGGAAAUCACGACCCUCACCCUCAUCAACGGCCGCAUAUGACACAUCCGUCGCCUCACUCGACCUUACUCUCACCGGUCAACACGCGUGGAUCUUCAUCGGCGCGGGCUCAUCACCACCAGCGUUUGGGUGCCGGAUCAAACAUUAAUCAUAUUGAAUAUGAGAACGAGCGCCAAUUGGACCGUGAGCGUGACCGUCCAUGGUCGCGUCAGCGCGAACACGACUAUGAUCGUGAGACGGCAGCACGGGAAUACGGAAACACGCACGCGUCGCCGCCUCCGCCGUCACACUCGCGAUCGAGACUGCAGGACCCACCACCGUCCUCGUCGUAUAGACAUUCGCGCGAAGAGCAGUACUACGCCUCGUCACGCGAACCAAUUGGACCGGGUAUGUACGGCCGGACGUCGCGGGCCGAUACACCCGAGUCAGCUUCUGCUUCGGGAAACGGCAAUAGCGCCAGCGCCGGAGAGGGGCACUCGCGUUUGGACUACCAUGCCCACUAUUAUGAUCGGGAACAGGCAAGACCCUAUGCACCCCGGUCCAUAAACAAUCCUCAAGUGACAAGCGAGGAGACGGAAUAUGGACAUGAAGAUGGAAGGCCGGCGGCUCCCUCCCGUGAGCGUGACCGAAUCGGCAGUAGCAUGUAUCAGCUGCUAUCAGAACAGCGCCAACCGCCACAAACACACCGUCUGGGUAUAGACAUGUCGAGAAAACGAUCUCGUAAUGAUAUGGACGUAGAUGGAGAGGAUGACGUCGGUGUUGACUCUCCCACUGGGAACAAUAGCUCAGGAGGUGGCUGCGAAGCACCCUCUUCGAGAUACAAUCCCGCUUCCCAUCGGACGGGGGAUAGAGGUUCAUCAAAAAGACUUCACCAGGAAGGUUCUUCCCAGGCGUAUGGUGGGCAUGAUGAACCAGAGGAGGAUCGGUCUGACUAGCAAGCGAGUCCAUUGGCAAGCUAGGUUCGGCCAGCGGAAUUGGGACCGCAUGCCGUGGCAAAGGUAUCCAUUUUAGAUUAUCUUGUACCGAUGUGGUCUUUGAGCAUGUCUGAGUCCUUCUCGAUGUCCCCGCCGCUCCACAAGUUCUGCAUAUGUAUACACUCAAUGUAUUUCCGCCAAAUUUCCGCGUUCUGCUUUUGCGGUCAGUCUUCAGAGGACUGCGGUUUCUGCCGAUUCGGACACUUUCAUAUUGUAGAGGGGCACUGACUCGGGUAUGAUG